CACAGUCCCGGCGGAGCCUGAGGUUGCGCCCGUGCUGUCGCUGCCACUUGGACCACUCACCAUGAGCCGGGCACCCCGUCUGCUGCUGCCCGCGGUGCUCUGCCUGGGGCUCGGCGCCCUCGUGUCUUCCUCGGGGUCCUCGGGCGUCCGAAAGCGAGGUCCCACGGUGACGGACAAGGUCUUCUUUGAUGUGAAGAUUGGAGACAAAGACGUGGGUAGAAUUGUGAUUGGCCUCUUUGGAAAAGUUGUACCCAAGACAGUGGAAAACUUUGUGGCUCUAGCAACAGGAGAGAAAGGCUACGGGUACAAAGGGAGCAUCUUCCACCGCGUCAUCAAGGACUUCAUGAUUCAAGGAGGGGACUUCACAGCUAGAGACGGCACUGGAGGUAUGAGCAUUUAUGGUGACACAUUUCCUGAUGAGAACUUCAAACUGAAGCACUAUGGCAUUGGGUGGGUCAGCAUGGCCAAUGCUGGCCCUGACACCAAUGGCUCCCAGUUCUUCAUCACCUUGACCAAGCCCACCUGGUUGGAUGGCAAACAUGUUGUAUUUGGAAAAGUCCUGGAUGGGAUGACUGUGGUACACUCCAUAGAACUUCAAGCAACGGAUGACCAUGACCGCCCAUUUACUGACUGCACCAUUGUCAACAGUGGCAAGAUCGAUGUGAAAACGCCCUUUGUGGUUGAGGUCCCUGACUGGUGACAGAAAUGUCGAGAAACAGGGAACACACUCCGGCUGGUCCAUGUGUGCACCUGCUGUCCACCGUCUGUCUUCUGAUUCUUUAGAUACUUUAAGUUGUACUUUUUAAAAAAUUGUCUUUUAAUUUCCCCAGUCCAGAUUGCAACAGAGAUUUAAAAAUCAACACAGAUGUCCCAGAAAGCACUUAUGAUCUCAGCAUUUGGGAGUUAGAGAGAGGAGAAUCAGGGGUUCAAGGCCAGCCUUGGCUAUAUAGAGUUUGAGGCUAGCCUGGUCUUUGUGGAACCUUGUCUCAAAAAAUCACGCCAACAAUAAAAAUCAAUCAACCAA